AUGAUACAACGCUGGUCGGUGCUCUCUGCCGAAGGCGCGUAUGGCGUCACCCGGCUCGGCGUGCCGCUUCGAAUCGUCGUCGGUGCUCCCUCGUCUGUGCUCUAUCUCGACUCGACGCGACCAGCGCAAAGCUGCAGCCCAGAGAAGAACACUGGGCCGCAUCACGUGUGCACAUCCUUCUCUGUUCCGAAAGAGAACUGCAACGGGUACGAUGAGUACGGCCACGGGUUGGGAAACAUACAAGGAAGUUGGGCAAGCGAGUGGCAAAGCGCUCUGCUCGACCGCUUUGCGACCAAGAACAUUCGCUAUUUCGGCGAACUCGACACAGUCUCGUGCAUAGUUGGCGCCUGCGACGGGUCGUGCGCAACCAUGCUAACACGUAACAGGGUCCAAUCGCUUGCAGCGGCUGCAAAACUUUGCGAAUUGCCCAUGAUGCAGAUGGAGCUCCCGGAGUGGGGUUGCGUGGAGUAA